GUCAAUUACUUGUAAACUGCACUAAUGAUUUUUCUCUCUUCUGUUUACAGCUGAUAAUUGUCAUAAUAUUAAAUAUGUAAACAUUAUUGAUUAAUUAUAAAGAAUUAUUUAACACUGUAAAUUAACUGAUUAACGAAUUUCGAAAGAUUCGAUAAUUGUUUUUUGAAUAUAAAGAGAAAAGCGCGAUAAUAAAGUGAAGGGAAGAGGUUAUGUUAGCAUUUUGACAGUUUAUGACUUGUGUCUGUCACUUGUCAGAAAUGUCGGCUACAGUCAGCUGUUUGACCUCUUUAAUAAAUAAUCUUUACGUUUAGCUGAUUGUGCCGAUUGUUAGAAGUGGAACAGAAACAAAAUUACAAGAAUGGACAAUUUGUUGACAAGAAUUCUGAAAUUAAAUAACAAGGCUAAAUAUGCCGAAAUUUGCAACUUAAAAGUAAACGACAAUAAAUUUCAAGCUCAAUCUAAGAAGGAAUUGGAAACAGAAUAGAAAAAGUGAAUCAAGAACAUUGGUCAAUGAAAACAAAAAUUCAUUUUUCUUUUCGGAAGAUGUUCAUGAGAUGUGACUUUCUAUAAUAGGAGAGUCUCGAUAUCCGCCAGUUUAGAAGAAAAAUAAAGAAAUCUUCAAAAAUGGUUCGAGUUUUUCCUGUGCACAACUUUCAGGAGCAGAAUGUCGCACAAAUCGAGGAGCCCACAGCCACGUGCGUGGCUCAUUCGGCGGACAGUGAAUUGCUUCUUCUGGCCCUGCAGAGUCACUGCAUCGAAGUCCACGACCUGACGACGCCUGACUUGAAACUGGUGACGAUAUUUCCAACGGUCGACCUGGCCAGUCAGCUGAUCCACUGCUCGAAGGGCGACUAUGUGGCUGCCUUGGAAUCGAAAUGCUCGCGAGACGGCGAGUCGGACAAUAAAUUCGUUAGAGUCUACGUGAACUGGACGACGAGUGACCAGAGUCAGGCCAUGAGGGCCAGGAUAGCGGGCAGAGUGACUCCCAGUUUAAAUCGGCCAAUGAACAGCUUGGAGAUGAUCGAGUUGCCUUUGAAUUUGCACCCCGUUAUUAUUGCCUGUUGCCAAGCCACCGGCAAUCUGCUUGUCGCCGGAAGGACCACCGCUAUUUUACACGAGUUUAAGAUCGAAACCCUGCAGCCGACGAAACUUCAGUUUCUUGACUUUGAACCGAGACCCUGGGCUCUCGAUCUCUCCUUCACUCCAACCCACAUGGAAAUUGUCGAAGAUUUCGUCUCGGUUAUGGACAGCUCUCACUUUCUCAUUUUUCGACUGACUAAUCCCCUCUACGAAGAUAUCGAUCACCUCAGCUCGCUAACAUCGGAAAAUUCAUGCUCGAAGUCAACCCAAUCGACGAAUCGCUCAGAUUAUGACAAUUCAAGUUCAGAGACUCCCAGCAAAGUUCUCCAAAAUGGAAAUGCUUUAAAACUCUCCGAACACGACAAGAACUUCUUCAAUUCCCAAACAACUCGAAACUUUAAUUCAAGUUGGCUGCAAGCCGUAAAAUCAAGAGCCAUCGAUGGAAAAUUCAUCGACUGGGAUCGUUUGAUUCACAACGAACGAGAAGAAAUUAAUUCCCUUAUUCGUCAGGAAUUGAUCAGUUCAGCCUCCGAACCGUUCACAGUCAACUUUCCAUCAAUCAGCCUAGAGAGAGCCGGUCCAGGUCACACACUAAGUCCCUUCAUUCUAAAUUCACCAGACACGGAAGUUUUCAUAAAAACUUCAUCGCCCGAUAGCGGUUGGUCAGAGAAUUUCGCCAUUAAAAGCGUUCUCCGACUGGAGAUUGCGAAGGAAUCGUUUUCCAGUAGGGAUUACUUUUCGGCUUCGAUUCUAAAGCCCCUGUAUCUGGAAACGAAGAAUAAGAAUAAUUCCGGUGCGAAAAAGUGUAUUCUAAAGUCGGAGAAGUAUAAAUAUUUGCAUGGGAUGACAUGUUUGAUUUGCACGUCCCAAGAGGGGUAUAUUUAUCAUUUCGCUGCUGACAAUCUGGAGGACUUUAAUCCCACGUGCUUGACGACUUACACUUUUACUGCUCCUGUCACGCACGUCGCGCUGGAGCACACAGUUUUGCACGCUCUCACCGAAGCGGGGCUCGAGUCCUAUACGCUUAGGAUCUCUCAUCACGUGGCGAAGAACUUUAUUAACACCACUAAUUCGUCCGAGUCGGAGGAAAUUUGCCCCGACGUCACCGAACCCGUUUGUUUAAUAGGUUUACGACCUUUUUUGGGAAUCGAAACGAUUCUCAGUACUAGGAAGAGUAUCGUCCUGUUGGCGAAGGCAGAGAAUUCCUGGACUCUAUACUCACUAAAGCUUCCUAAACCGGAUGAAAUAUAUGUGGAUAUUCUGAACGCGGCGAGGAAUCAUAAAUCUACCAGUCCGACGACUUAUCGACAUUUGCUAGAGGAGGCGCAUGCGAUAGUUCGUUUGGCAAAGGACGUCGUUCGGUUCGACGAGGAAAAUUUUCCGCCGAAUCCGAGAAGCGCACUGGACGAUCUCUACGAUCAGUCCUGUAUGCUCCUUGGCGACUAUUACAUCGAAGCUGAAUCGGAAUCCGACUGGCGACUCUCGAUUCCUUACUACAAGAUGUCUGGAUUGAAAGUAAAUCAAGUACUUUCUAGAAAGUCCGCUAAAAGUGCUCCUGGCUUGGUUCUAUUCCUAACCGAAAGUCUCCUGACCAUGAAAAGCGGAGUCGAGGCUGACGAACUGUUCCAAAGUCACAAUGUAGUCGACAUCAUCGGGACCGAGACGAAACAGGGUUUAUUGAAAUUAAUUCUCGGGAGUAGUGUCCUGCAGGAAUACGCGACCGAGAAGUUGAUAAAACUUUUAGAAUCUCACGAGUACGACGACUAUAAUCGUCUGGCUUUGAUAUUACUGUACACGGAAGCCGGACGAGAUGAACUUGUCGAACAAGUUAUGGAACCCGUUUCGGGGGUUUUUAUCGAGCAGAUGAUUCUCGAGUACCCGCACCUUUUGUUCGACGAUUCGAACGUGAAUAUCAAGAAAUCGGAGACCCUCUCGUUUUCCAAUUUUUCAGGAGCGCUGAUGCGAUGGAAGUCGAACGUCUUCGCUGAAAUUCUAACACAGCUGAUUAAUGACGAUACGUUAACUCUGUAUCAAAUUAUGCAAGUCUUUUUGGAAUACCUCCCCUCGAGAGUCGGUCGAGACGGACACGAUGCAGCGGCUGCUUUACAAUUUUUCAUCGAAAUCUAUUUGAGAAAAUAUUUUAAACUUGAUAAGAAGAAGGGAAGCUACGAUUUCGCGACUAUUGAGGCUUUUAAAAUUCUUGUACGUUCUUAUUUGGGAAGAUUAAUUCAGUCUAACCCCGCAGACUGGAGGAAGAAACACCACAAUGAGGAGAUUCAUCUCUUCGCCAAUAAGAGACCAGUCUAUCUAAAUAAAAUGCCACCUUGCUCGAAGAAUUACGGACUUGAUUUACAUUCUGAAAUUAUUGACCAGCUUGCCGAUGGUGAAAUUGAAAAGAAUGUUCGCUGUGAAAUUUUAAAACUUCAAGCAUUGAUAGCUAGUGGUUAUUUGCCCGCGGAAUGUUUACAGGAGAUUUUACAAUUUUUAGAAACAGAAGAAAUUUUAGGAAGUUUGUCUUUAAAAAGUUUAUGUAAUCAAAAUACUGAGAUGGUUACCAAAAUAUUGUUGGAACAAUGUCCUCAGGUUAUUUUAUUUUAUGCCAAGGAUAAAUAUACCAAAGAACAAGAAUGGAAAGCUUUAAUAGAAAUGUUACAAAACAAAAUUUUAUUAGUAAAAACUAAACAGGGAUUGACAAGUUUCUUCGAGCAAACUUUAAUAGAUACAUUGACUCACGUAGCAAAGACUUUACCCCUCCAAGCUUUACACAAUAUUCUACCAAAGGACGAUCGGGAAUCUUAUGAACAUUAUAUGCAAAUUCAUAGUCAAAUACUACGAGCGGAUCGUAUCAAGUCAGUGAUGAUGAAAACUGGUAAUCAAUUUUUAUCAAAACUAAAUUUAUAGAGUUAAAUAUUUAAAAAAAAAUUAAAGUGACUAAAUAAUUUAUAUAUCUUGAAGUAGAGAAGAGAAAAGAAGAAUUUUAAAAGUUUUGAGAAUAUUUUACUGCUGAAAUUAAUUGUUCGUUACAUCUAUAAUAAUUGUAAUUCUUUAGUAGGUGUGCCUGUUGUAAACAAUGUUUAUUGCUUGACUUUUAUAUUUAUGUGGUAGAAUUUAUAAUGUUAAAAUAAAAGUGGAUUUUAAUAAUUAACCGGGGGACAUGAGUUCAGUUAAAAUUACAAAAUGAAAACAGAGAAAGUGAGAAAAUUUAGUUAUUAGUUUCCAUUUCUAUUGAAUUUCCUAAUAAAAACUGGUACAAAUUUCAUUGAAGCAGAAAAAAUUUUGAAUAUCAGAUUUUAUGAUAUUUAUAACAAUAUACGUAGAGCACAACUAUUGUCAAAAUACAAAAAAUGUAUGUGUGAUUGUGUGAUAAUAGGAAAUAAUCUAUCAAAGAUAUUUAUUAGUUGAGGCUAAUAAACAUUUCCUGUAUUCGAUGUUGAUUUUGUAAAUCUAUUUACUAACUAUUUAUACAAUUUUCAAGUAAUUUACAUAUAAUAUCUAUAGAAAUUUAUCAAAUGUUAAAUGAUAUUAUAUCGAUUAAUUUACUAGGUCAAUAACAAUUUUUUAAGGUUAUUGAUUUAUUAAAUAUUUAUAAUUAUAUUUGUGCAAUCAAAGAGUAAUUAUUUGAAGAAUUUAGAGAAAAAUUGUAUUUCAAAAGAAAAUAUAUAGUUAUAUGUGUAUGAUACAAGUGCGUAAAGUAAGAGUGAAAUGAAUCUUUAAUUUGAAGACGAAUAAAAGCACAGUGGGACGAAAUCGACAAUUUUUAAAAAUCAAUAACCGUUGAUUACGAAUUUAAAGUCAGAUUUCGAAAAUUCAAAAU